GUGCCCUUCUUCAAUUUUAGGUUUUCACACUGAGGUUUGUUUUCUUUCAUUUUUUUCCCUCAUCCAACUACCCACCGCCCCCUUCUUCUUCUUCAAAAUCUAACCCUAACCCACAUGAAAGAGUCUCUGGAGAGACAGAGGGGAGACAGAGAGACCUCCGGCUUCCAUACGGUCGCCGCGCCGCACAUGCCUCUCCGGCGUCGACAUGACAGACGGGUCCGCCGUACAUGGUGGUGGGGUUAUGUCGGUUCUCCGGCGGUUGCUAGGUUGUCCGUUGCUGUUUCUGUCCACAUCAACAGAAGUCGAUGGUGACCGCAGAUAUGGUAUCCCCAGAGUGACAAGGAUGGCUUCAAGAAGCUCCGGCGAAACACCUAGGUCCGCUCCUAUUCCGGCGAAGUUCCCCGUAUGUUUCCCGAUUAUUAAGGUAAAUCUUCGAUAGUAAGGCAUGAAUUUGAUCUGAGAUGAGCGUAUGGGGAUCACAGGAUGGGGAGAAGAGACUUAAAUUCAAACUCACAUGUUAACCAACACAAUGGCGACCUCGAUUCUCCUUCAGCAAUCCAUCAACUGCUUCAUCUGCAACCACCAGUUUGGGAAGAACAACUUGGCCGCAACUAAAUCUAAUUUCGUGGAGAAAUGUAAGAAACUUCGUGAUAUUAAGGCUAGAGUAGCGGUUGAUGCUAUGGAGACUGCUACUUCUCCUACUGCUUUUCCGUUUUUUCAGACAGAACCGAAACAAGAAGAUACGCCUGCUUCUAAGUUCACAUAGGGCGCCUAUAAAAACAACAUUGGUAAGAACGUUUUGCCCUUUGUCUGAAAAAGAGGUUCAGUAUUGCCCUUCAAGGAUAUUGACGAUGGCUACCCAAAAACGACCGGAGCAAAACGCAAUCUUGCCGGCGUGGAACCAAUAAUUACCGGAGUGCACGAACCCAGGUCAGCUAAAGAACCGGGAUUUACUGAUUUUUCUGGUAAUCGGAAUACCCUUUGAAGUCGCCGCCGCCACCGCUACGGCUAAGCACCACAACCGGGUUUGCGUUGAUGAAGCAGACGAUACGAAACCAGAUCCGCUCUGCUCACCGCGGCGUUUGGCUGCUGGGUGUUUGAAAUGGUUGUGGCGGCGAGGUGGCUACGGCGGUGUGGGCUGGGGCGAUGAAUGAGGAAGACAGAAGCUUGUGUUUUGGCUUAUUUAUACAAAAUUCGGGUGGCAUCACAAUUUGACAUAUUCCGUCUUGCGGGAAGCUGGCGAAGUGGUUAGAGAGUCGUGAAGUGGGAAAAAGACAUUUCAGAACAGAACAAUUUGCUUCUAUUUUGUGUGAAACUAUGUUGUUUCUAAUUCAUCUUUCUUCUUCCUCUGCUCUCACUAUCCGGCCUUUCUUCCCAGCGAUUCACUGGUCACUCGAUCCAUCAUCUUCACCGCUGCAUCAUCUUCUCUUAUCUUUCUUCUUCCUCUGCUCUCACUAUCCGGCCUUUCUUCCCAGCGAUUCACUGGUCACUCGAUCCAUCAUCUUCACCGCUGCAUCAUCUUCUCUUAUCUUUCUUCUUCCUCUGCUCUCACUAUCCGGCCUUUCUUCCCAGCGAUUCACUGGUCACUCGAUCCAUCAUCUUCACCGCUGCAUCAUCUUCUCUUAUCUUUCUUCUUCCUCUGCUCUCACUAUCCGGCCUUUCUUCCCAGCGAUUCACUGGUCACUCGAUCCAUCAUCUUCACCGCUGCAUCAUCUUCUCUUAUCUUUCUUCUUCCUCUGCUCUCACUAUCCGGCCUUUCUUCCCAGCGAUUCACUGGUCACUCGAUCCAUCAUCUUCACCGCUGCAUCAUCUUCUCUUAUCUUUCUUCUUCCUCUGCUCUCACUAUCCGGCCUUUCUUCCCAGCGAUUCACUGGUCACUCGAUCCAUCAUCUUCACCGCUGCAUCAUCUUCUCUUGCUGCAAGCAAAUUGAUUCUAAAGUCUUUUGUUGGUUUCUAAGGAAAUAACAAUGGUAUGUCAAGUUUCAAGAGGCAAAAUGAAAGGACUGUUAUGAUAAGAAAACCUAACGUUUGAGAUGGCGAGCAUGAAUGGGAUAAGGUAUCCAGUUGUGGACACAUUGGGGAUUAUGGAAAUUGUUGAAGAUAAGGUUUAUGUGGCGGUUGGGAAGAAUAUGAAAGAGAGUCAGUCAACUCUGCGAUAAGCGCUACACAAUUCAGGAGGUAGACAGAUAUGCAUACUUCAUGUUCACCAACCUGCAGAGAAGAUGAGCAUUUGUAAUGUCUUUUUCCUUAGCUUUAGUCAAUAAUUAGAAUUCAGUCUGUUUGGUUAAUGUUUGAUAGAUGCUAAUGUUUUGCAACUUAAUGACUUGCUGGUUUCGACUGAUUCGAGGUGUAUUAUAGGUCAGCAUAUGUUAUCUUUGAUAGUUUAUAUUUUGUGAUUCUUUGGCCGAUUGUUGUUAUAAACUCUUUGUGAGUGUGAUUAAGAACCAAAAUUGGGGUU